AUGGAGUGCAACUAUUCGUUUCAAUAUAUCACAGAAAAUGGUCAACUGUGGAAUUAUUCAGAAAUAAGGAACCUCACUGAAUCCCUGUGUUGCAUUGACGACAUUAUUCAACACAUCCCUAAUAUUGUCUGGAAAUCAUGUUGUUUAAGCAACUUGACACAUAUUUCGGAUAUAAUUUGGCUCUAUUUUCCUCCCAUUUUGAUUCUUGUGGGAAAUGUUACAAAUUGUUUGUCUUUGGUAAUUCUGUGGAGACCGAAAUUAAAGAGAAACAUCAUCAGAAAUGAACUUAUUGCUUUAGCCCUUUCCAAUCUAUUCAUCAUUGAUUUCUCUCUACUUUUAAAAUACCUUUAUUCCUUGGAUAUUAAUCUUUACACAGAGAAUCAAAUUGUAUGUAAGAUUACAAAAUGGCUAUUUGACCCAGUUGGGAUCUUUAAUUCUUGGUUACUUGUACUCAUUUCAAUUCAAAGAGUUACUGCUGUCAUGAAGCCAAUCUUAAUGAGGAAUCCAAAUAAUGAAAACGGUUCCAAGAAGCAAAUUAUAAUUCUGUUAACCAUUUGUAUAUUGCUAGAAUCUCAUGUACUAUAUGGACAUGGCUUGGAAUACAAGACCAAACCAGAAACCAACACGACUAUUCUCAUUACAACUUGUGGUAUUAUCAAUUCUACUUACAAGCAAUUUUACCGUUAUUGGGUUAUUUUGGAAAUAUUUUUUCUAAGUUACAUUCCAACUCUUUUUCUUUUCACUUGUAAUAUUCUAAUUGUUCUCAAACUAAGGCAACACUAUGCCAACAAGGAACUUUUCAAUAACUCAACACAACCAGCGACCAUUAACACUCGCAAAAUGCGAGCAAUGCAAAAUUUAAAAUUGGUCUUUUACACUAACACAGCUUUUAUUGCUUCUCAGGCUCCCAUGAGCUUGGUCUUUCUGAUUUAUGAGCCAUGGGACAAGGUAAACAAUUCCACAAACACCUGUACUUUCUCAUUACUUUAUGCAAUUAGCACAAUGGUCAUGUACUGUAAGUAUUCUUCAGAUAUCAUAUACUUUGCAGUUAUUUCAGACUUCAGAAAAGAAAUGCUUAAGACUUUUAGAUGUAUGAAAGCAAGAAACUUUAUCACUUUUACGGAACAUUCUAGUUUCACAGUGCAAUCAUCUUUCGUUAAUUCAAGAAGAACAUCUCAGCCAAUAUUCACAGAAAAUCAUUUAUCAGAUGCUUCAAGGAAAUGA